AUGGAGAAUCUCCAAAAUACCCCUAAAACUCUACACAUAGUGAUGUUCCCAUGGCUAGCCAUGGGCCAUCUCAUACCGUUCUUUCACUUGUCCAAAAUCUUGGCUCAAAAAGGCCAUAAGGUCUCAUAUAUAUCCACUCCAAGAAAUCUAAGUAGAAUUCCCAAAAUACCCCCAAAGCUAACCCAUAACAUCAAACUAGUCUCGCUUCCCUUUCCAAACGUGGAAAGUUUACCAGAACAUGCGGAGUCUUCCAUGGACAUACCUCACCAAAAAGCCCAGUUUCUAAAAAUAGCAUUUGAUCUGCUAGAGUCACCUCUGGUCACUUUUCUUGAAAGCACAACACCAAAGCCUGACUGGAUCAUCUUUGACUAUGCUUCUCAUUGGCUACCCUCCGUUGCAUCCAAACUUGGUGUCUCCACGGGUUACUUUAGCCUCUUCACUGCUGCAACACAGGCUUUCCUUGGACCUCCAUCACAGCUGUUGAAUGACAAGGUCAAACCACGGUCAACGGUUGAGGAUUUUUGCCGGGUGCCAGAAUGGGUCCCGCCUGACUCGAAUAUCGUUUACCGGCCCCACGAGAUCAUGAAGUACACCGAGGGUGCGGUCGGUAACCAAUCAGGCGUCUCCGAUACCGUACGAUUUCUUUCCUCGAUCGACAGUUGUGAUUUGGUUCUGUUCAGAACAAGUGUCGAGUUCGAACCUCAGUGGUUCCAACUCGUUUGUGAGCUUUAUCAAAAGCCUGUAAUACCGGUUGGUGUUUUGCCUCCGUCACUAGAAAACCACGAGUUUGAUGAUUACGGAAAAUGCAAUGUCGAAAUCGGUGAGUUAACUCGGUGGUUAGAUGAACAGCGAGAUAACUCGGUUGUUUUUGUCGCGCUAGGAAGCGAGGCGGUUCUGAGUGAUGCUGAACUCACUGAGUUGGCUCUAGGGUUGGAGCGUUCGGGUUUGCCUUUCUUUUGGGUAAUAAGACAGUCAAUUACCGAUUCGAUUCAAACACUUCCUGAUGGGUUUCUUUCGAGGGUCAAGGGCCGUGGGAUUGUUUAUGAGGGGUGGGUUCCACAAGUUCGGAUUUUGAGUCAUUAUGCUAUUGGUGGGUUCUUGACUCAUUGUGGUUGGAAUUCGGUAAUCGAAGGACUCGCAUUUGGGCGCGUAUUGAUAUGUUUUCCGGUUAUGAACGACCAAGGUUUGAACUCAAGGUUGCUAAGCGGAAAGAAACUUGGAGUUGAGAUUCCAAGAAUCGAGACAGACGGAUCAUUUACGAGUGAGGCGGUGGCCGAGUCGAUCAUAGUGGCAAUGGUGAGUGAAGAAGGAGAGGUGUUGAGGGCAAAUGCAAGAGAAAUGAAACGAGUGUUUGGAGAUAGGACCAAGAAUGAUCAUUAUAUUGAUGCUUGUAUACAUCACUUAGUUGAAAUGAGGAAACCCUAG